AUGAUGGUGAUGGUGAUGAUGGUGAUGAUGAUGGUGGUGAUGAUGAAGGUGAUGAUGAUGGUGAUGAUGAGUGAUGAUGGGAUGAUGAUGAUGAUGAGCCACGGCUACAACAUUGGAGAGACCCAUGAAGCCCACCCAGAUCCUGGCCACGUUCUGUGCAAAGUGAGGGGAGUGGACCCGCCCAGCAGACCCUGGGAGGCUGCGUGCAGGUGGGGGGCCAGAGUGUUCCAGGCCCCCUCCCAGAUCGAGGACGAGAACGGAGUGAAGAAGCAGACGGACGAGCACUUGGCCAUGACCGUGUUGAGGCAACUGGGACGAAGAUCCCUGAGUGGGCUGUCCGUGGUCCAGGAGCCACGUGGAGACCAGGCCCCUGCUGAACCCAGACAGCCGCGGCAUCGAGCAGGGCGCAUGGAUGUGGGUGACAUGUUAACAAUGGACUCGCUGGGGACACAGACGCUGCUCUGGACAUAUCGCCACGGAAACCAAAAUGAGGUAUCAGCCAUGACAGACACAAGCAGUAGAGCAGGAGCCAGUGGAAUCUUACAAAAGUACUAG